AUGUCUCGCAAUUCAUCGAACUCUGACGCUGCGCAUGCGUUCUGGAGCACACAGCCCGUACCGCAGACGGAAGAUGAGACGGAGAAAAUCGUGUUCGCCGGUCCGAUGGACGAGCCAAAGACGGUGGCCGAUAUUCCUGAGGAACCGUACCCGAUCGCCAGCACAUUUGAGUGGUGGACGCCAAACAUGGAGGCGGCCGACGACAUUCACGCAAUUUAUGAGCUUCUCCGCGAUAACUACGUCGAAGAUGACGACAGCAUGUUUCGCUUCAACUACUCCGAGGAGUUUCUUCAGUGGGCACUGUGCCCGCCGAGCUACAUCCCGGACUGGCACGUCGCAGUUCGCCGGAAGUCGGAUAAGAAGCUGCUGGCUUUUAUUGCCGGCGUUCCCGUGACGUUGCGCAUGGGCACUCCCAAAUACAUGAAGGUGAAAGCAAAGGAAAAGGGUCAAGAGGAGGCGGCGGCCAAGUAUGAUGAACCGCGCCACAUUUGCGAAAUCAACUUUCUCUGUGUCCACAAGCAACUCCGGGAGAAGCGGCUUGCCCCGAUUUUGAUCAAAGAGGUGACACGCCGCGUGAACCGCACCAACGUGUGGCAGGCGGUAUACACGGCUGGGGUGCUGUUACCCACUCCGUAUGCAUCAGGGCAGUACUUCCACCGCAGCCUGAAUCCCGAGAAACUUGUGGAGAUCCGCUUCAGCGGCAUUCCAGCGCAGUACCAAAAAUUCCAGAACCCAAUGGCAAUGCUGAAGCGCAACUACCAGCUGCCGAGCGCACCAAAGAACUCUGGUCUUCGUGAAAUGAAGCCGUCUGACGUUCCGCAGAUUCGGCGGAUUCUCAUGAACUACCUGGACAACUUCGAUGUAGGUCCCGUCUUUAGCGACGCCGAAAUCAGCCACUAUCUCCUUCCCCGCAACGGCGUGGUCUUUACCUACGUGGUGGAAAACGAUAAGAAGGUGACGGACUUCUUUUCCUUCUAUCGAAUUCCGUCGACGGUGAUUGGGAACAGCAAUUACAACAUUCUCAACGCAGCGUACGUCCACUACUAUGCCGCAACGAGUAUGCCUUUGCAUCAACUCAUUCUCGACCUUUUGAUCGUGGCGCACUCGCGCGGCUUCGACGUGUGCAAUAUGGUAGAGAUCCUCGACAACCGGUCGUUUGUUGAGCAGCUUAAGUUUGGCGCCGGCGACGGUUAUCUUCGGUAUUACUUCUACAACUGGGCGUAUCCAAAGAUCAAGCCAUCUCAGGUUGCCUUGGUGAUGCUGUAG